AAACUUAGUCGUGUAAGUACGGUGCAUCACUCAACCACUGGCUCGCUCGCUCGUCGUAACUAUCCUGGAACGGUGAAAAAUCCGUCGUUUACAUUUUGUUAUAAGUGCACAAAGUCCAAGCUUUAAUCAUGGCAGACCGUGCCAAUAUUAAGGACAUCAUUCCAGCUCUGCCUGAUGAAAAUAUUGAUAUGCUUGCUGCUACCAGCAUUUUGCAACAACAAGCUGCAGACAUCAGAAACCAACGCAUCAACUGGCAGUCGUAUUGUCAGUCUCAGAUGAUUUCAAGGGAGGAUUUUGAUUUCAUAAGUGCUUAUGAUGUUAAUGAUCCUGCUGCAAGAGAAGCUAAAUUAAAGGAAAAUCCAGGACAAGCUGCCAAAACUUUUCUCAAUCUGCUUGGUCAUGUGUCUAAAGAUCAAACCAUCCAAUACAUUCUCACUCUCAUCGAUGAUAUGCUUCAAGAAAGCCGCCAACGUGUGGAAAUUUUCAGAGAACACUCAAAUCGUAAAAGGGAAUCAGUAUGGGGUCCAUUUCUGAAUUUGUUAAACAGACAGGAUGGAUUCAUCAUGAAUAUGACAUCUCGUAUUAUUGCAAAGUUAGCAUGCUGGAGUCAUGAUCUAAUGGAAAAAACAGAUCUUCAAUUUUAUCUUACUUGGUUGAAAGAUCAAUUGAAAUUGAGUUUUGAGGCUCUUCAGGAGAGAAGUAUGCAUGCUGAAAUAGUACAGGAGACCAAUACCACUGAAGCUGGAGAGACUAAUGAGUUACAUGAAAUGCUCAACCCGAAUAAUGAUUACAUUCAAUCAGUGGCCAGGUGUUUGCAAAUGAUGCUUCGCAUUGAUGAGUAUCGUUUUGCUUUUGUUUCUGUUGAUGGAAUAUCAACUCUUUUAAGUGUUCUAUCUGGAAGAGUUAAUUUCCAAGUUCAAUACCAACUGAUAUUCUGUUUGUGGGUACUUACUUUCAAUCCAUUAUUGGCUGAAAAAAUGAACAAGUUCAAUGUCAUUCCCAUUCUGGCUGAUAUUUUGAGCGACUCCGUCAAGGAAAAAGUAACAAGAAUCAUCCUUGCAGUAUUCAGAAACUUGAUUGAAAAAGUGGAGGAUUCUCAAGUAGCUAAAGAACAUUGCAUCGCUAUGGUACAGUGCAAAGUACUGAAGCAAUUGUCGAUCUUGAGUCAACGUAAAUUUGAUGACGAAGACAUAACCGAUGACAUCGAGUUUAUGAACGACAAGCUUCAGGUCUCAGUGCAAGAUUUGAGCUCAUUCGAUGAAUAUGCCACCGAAGUUAAAUCUGGACGCCUGGAAUGGUCGCCUGUGCACAAAUCCAGCAAAUUCUGGCGUGAAAAUUCAAGCCGCUUGAAUGAGAAAAAUUAUGAACUUCUUCGUAUUUUGGUUCACUUGCUUGAUACCAGCAAAGAUCCUUUGGUAUUGAGCGUCGCAUGUUUCGACGUUGGAGAAUAUGUUAGACAUUAUCCUCGAGGAAAGCACAUUAUAGAACAGCUUGGAGGAAAGCAGAGAGUGAUGCAGCUUUUGAGUCAUGAUGACCCAAAUGUCAGAUACGAAGCCCUUCUGGCUGUACAGAAAUUAAUGGUGCACAAUUGGGAAUACUUGGGCAAGCAGUUGGAAAAAGAACAAACUGGUACUUCUGGACCAGCAGGAUCCAAAGCCGGUCAGCAAGUUCCUGCUAAAGCUUAAACUCUUAUCAUAUUAUAUACAAAGUGUUGAAUUAUUUAUCUCAUAAAUCAAUAAGGGUUCUGCUUCCGAGAAUACCACAGAGUUAUUAAACAAUAGAGUUCGGAAAUUAUGCAAUAGCAUAAAUUGUUUGAGUACAUUGAAUUUUAAAAAUUCCUGAUUCGCGCUUGAUUUUUUCAGAUUCUUAACUAUACUUUCAAUCAUAGCGUCAUUUUAAGUUUCUGCUCUGAUUCAUUAUCAUUUUAAAAAGAAAAUCUUUAAAAAUAAGCACCGUAAUCAAACAUGAUUCUAUAGCUUCUAAAAAGUAACUAGCUUAAUUUUUUUCAUUCUAAAUGAGUCUAUUAAAGAGUCAAGUUAGAUACUAUAUUCAAGAACCACUGAUUUAUAUGCAAUAUGUACAUAUUCUCAUGAUUGUUAUUUAAAAUUUAAAACAAUUUAUGUGUAUUAAUGAAAAUAAAAAAAUCUAUUAUCAAGAAAUA